CCUCCCUGCUCCCUACCUAGCCAGGUGAUAUCAGAGGAAUAACACUGUGGGUUUAGCCAACCUACACUGUAUCUGGGGCCAGGACAGAUAGAGAGGUCCUGAAUGUUCAGGAUAACACCAUGAGAUUAGGGAGGAAGUUUCCUACAUCAUCCCAUCUCUUUCUCCUAGGCUUUUUGUUCCUCAUUGUGUCAUUUGCUGCUUACAUUGGCUUUACUGAAAAAUAUUCAUACAGCCAUUUCUUUAGUUUUCAACAUAUCAAAAAAGUGCCUCUAUUUGACAUCCAAAACGAUAUUCAAGAACUUGUAGCUACCAACCCAAAGCCAUUAGAGCUUCCAGAUACAAGAGCGGGACCAGGCAGCUCUUCACUGCAGAAAGAUCCUGUGAACAGAUUGGAAAAUUACAAUGUCCCUGAGAGGCAGGCUGAGUUCCAAGAUGCAUCAACAUCACUUCAAAAGCAGACCAGGAGUAGGCUGGUCGUAGUGGAAACCAGUCAAAAAUCAGCCGAGAAGAAAGAAAGGCCUACAGCAAGUCAAAACCAUGCCAAAACUUUGGUUGAAACCCAGUCAUCUAAUAAAGAUGGGAAGCGUAUUACACCAGCAUCCAACCAAAAGGGAGAAACAAAAAAAUAUAUGGCACCGGGCAAUGAAGAAAAGGAGAAAGCAAAGGCUAAACGUGUGACACCAGUACCCCCAAGAAAGCAGUCUGCAGGAAAAGCAGCCAAACAACCACAGUUUCAUGAUAAAAAUGCCACACUGCCCUCUACAGCAAAUCAAACUCACCUGAGGAAACAAUCCAACAAAAUAAACCUAAUUAAAGAACACACUGCCAAGGCAUCGGUGUCUGAUGUGCAACAAGUCACGCAUCCAGCUCCUUUAGCAACAACCCCUAAAAGGUUAAAAGCAGCUGACUUUAAAUCUGAGCCCCGCUGGAAAUUUGAUGACAUUUAUCUCUUGGAUAAUUCAACACCACCGUCAACCUGCCCAGAUUCUCUGAGGAACAGGGCUGCCAAAUCUGAUUGGUUACAUGAUAUUUUCCUACCCAACAUCACAGUCUUCAUGGACAGGAGUCAUUUCAGUGACAGUGAAUGGAAGCGUAUGGACCAUUUUGCUCCACCGUUUGGCUUCAUGGAGCUAAACUUCUCAUUGGUAAAAGAAGUGAUAUCCAUGCUUCCUCCUAAACCCUACCAGCAUAUUCUCUUUGCACGUAAUGGCAGUCAGACCUCCAAGUGCAUCACUUGUGCAGUUGUAGGAAAUGGAGGGAUACUGAAUAAUUCAAGAAUGGGCAAGGAAAUUGACUCUCAUGAUUAUGUCUUCCGAGUGAGUGGAGCUGUGAUCAAGGGUUACGAGAAAGAUGUGGGAACAAGAACUUCUUUUUAUGGAUUCACAGCCUUCUCCUUAGUGACUUCAGUUAUGAUUCUGGGGAAUCGUGGAUUCAAGAAGAUCCCUGCAGGAAAAGAGAUCAAGUAUCUGCACUUCCUGGAAGGGGCAAGAGAUUAUGAAUGGCUGAAAGCUCUUCUUCUGAACGCCAAUGUCAGGAAGGGAUUUUUGGACUAUUAUGGACCAAGACCCCGGGAUAAAUUUGAUAAUUUCAAUUUGGAUCAAUACUUUGUGAUUCAUCCAGACUUUCUCAGAUACACUAAAAACAGGUUUUUGAAGUCCAAAUCUCUAGAAAAGCCCUACUGGCGCAUUUAUAGACCUACAACAGGUGCCUUCCUUCUUUUGACUGCACUCCACCUCUGUGAUCAGGUAAGCGCUUAUGGGUAUAUCACCGAAGGAUACCAAAAGUAUUCAGAUCACUAUUAUGAUAAAGAACGGAAGCGUUUAAUCUUUUAUACCAACCAUGACUUUGAUCUAGAACGGAAGGUAUGGAAACAACUUCAUGACGCAAAUAUUAUGAAGCUCUACCAACGAACCUGACAGAAGCAGACUAUGAACUCCUGACUAGGGUGGGUUGUUCUGCUAUAACGCAGAAACUCUGAAAUCAGAGGUGUUAUUUGGACAUGCACUAGUAAUUUUUUUUUCUGAAUGGUUCCAUAAUACUUAAGGUAUUUCCAAAAAUAUGCACACCAUGAACUUUUUUAUCCAUCUAGGAACAAAAAGAUUAUGCAAUUUAAGAGCAUAAUUUAAUAUGGGAAUAAUUAAAUCCCAUAAAUUAAAUUUGAUUACCCUUAGGAGAGAGGCAUGUUACAGGCAAUUUAUGAUGUCUGACCACUUUUUUCCAAACAUUCAGACGAGAUUCUUGAUACUUGAGAUUAGAACUAUUAAACCUGAGUCCAGAUAACCACUAAAUGGGAGCAAAGGGACACAGAAAACUCUUAGGUGCUGCCUAGUGGUCCUCCCGAUAAUUGGAGCCCUGAUAUACUUGUCCUACCUGAAAUACUAGUCUUGAACCCUAUCUGCAUAAAUGUGAGCAUUUUUUUUCUUCAUCAGUAGAGAAACAAGAACCAUUAUUGCUUAGUUUUAAUGUGAACCCAUUACAUUUUAAUAUGAAAAUGGACUUGGUUUAACAGUAA